UACUCAAAGAUCAUAUUUUUAUGAACACCCGGAAGCAACAUGAUGAGAUGUGUAUAUAUUUAGUCAACUCAAAUUAAAACGAGAGAGUCAACGACAGUGGAGAGAGAGAAAGAGAGACCAGAGAUGGCGACAGGGAAAGUGGUGGUGGAGAAGAUAAGAGGGAGAUCUACGGCUACGGGUUGCUUCUCUAAGUACCCUCUCAAGUUCAUACUUCCUACCAAGGUAGCUCCUGUCGGAACUGAUGUUGUCUGGAUUUACAGUAUCACCUAUGGCGGCGGCAUUGUCUCUGGAGAUUCGAUUUCAUGUGAGUUCACCAUUGGUGAUGACUGCACCGCAGUGCUUACAACUCAGUCUUCUACUAAGGUAUACAAGGCAAUAGGAUCUCAGUGCUCUGAACAAACAUUAGAAGCGAGAAUAGGGCGUGAGUCUCUUUUGGUUGUGGUUCCAGAUCCAGUGACUUGCUUCUCCACUGCUCGGUACUAUCAGAAACAAAACUUCAGAUUGGUUUCAGACUCUAACCUUGUCCUUGUGGAUUGGAUCACAAGCGGGCGUCACGCAAAUGGUGAAAAAUGGGAUUUCGAGUUUUAUAAAAGCAUCAACAAUGUCUACCUGGAAGAUGAUAAACCUUUAUUCCUUGACACAGUGCUGCUAGAGAAGAGGAACAUACAAAGCAUAGCGGAGCGGAUGCAAGACUAUCACGCCAUAGCAAUGGUCAUACUCUUCGGGCCAAAGCUGAGGGAACUCCAGAAGCAAGUUCAAGAAAACGUGAAGAGUAUGAUGUCGGAAGAGUUGCAGAUCUCUUAUGGUUCUCGGAGACACAAUCCUGAUUCAAGGGUACGUAAUGGCUUCAUGAAACCAGAGUUCAUAGCUUCCUGCAGCACUUUUGGCCCUGAGGGAAAAGGAGUUGUGGUUCGAAUUGCUUCGGAUUCCACAGAGUCAGUCUAUAACUUCUUGAGGCAACAACUGGGUGAUUUGGAACCACUUCUUGGUCAAUCUCCUUAUGCUUGAGUCUUUUUUCAUUUUCAUUUUUCUUUUUCUUUGCUCUACCAAAAGCAUCAACAAGUCCAUCCAACAUCAUAUUGUUGUUUAGGUGAAAACAAUAAGAAGUCAUUCAAAAUUUAUCUAUUAAUAAUAACAAUCUCAAUUAAUUUGAACGGAUAUGUCUUUUCAUUAUAAUUUCACUCGUAACUGUUUAUUAUA